AUGGGCAAGUCUGAAGCCGACGAAGACGCCCAAUUCCUCCCCAUGAACCGUCCGCGGUCCUCCUCCGCCGCCUCCCAAACCUCCUCCGACUCCGGCCUCUCUGUUGAAUCCGCGCUUAUACGCAACAGUACAUACGGCAAAACACCAGACGAAGCCUACAAUCCCGCAGGGGAUCCGCGAUACCGGGAUAUCGAAGACGGAGAGGCCGAGUCAGACCAGCCAUUCCUCCCUUCGCGCAAGGGUUCAGGGGCUCGCGCGCGUCGGGUCUUCUGGGGCCUGCUGCUGCUCUGUCUGGCGGGGUGGGUGCUCGCAUUCGUGCUCUUCCUGAUACAAGGACGGUCGGGCUACAGUGCCACUUCGGAAGAGCUGCAGCAGCACGAGGCGGAUUCGAGUGCGGGCGUCACCAGCGACGGGAAGCCGGUGACGCUGAAACAGGUGCUGUCUGGGGACUGGCUUCCGCGGUCGCACGGUAUCGCGUGGAUCGCGGGUCCGGACGGGGAGGAUGGACUGUUGGUGGAGGCAGGAGAGGACGGAGGCGAGGGCUUUCUGCGGGUGAAGGAUAUCCGCGCCCGACACGGCGAUGACGCGGGGACUUUGAAGAGCAGGGUGUUGAUGAAGAAGUCGACUUUUUAUGCGGGUCAGAGGUCGAUUCUUACCAGACUGACCUGGCCCAGUCCCGAUCUGAAGAAGGUGCUGGUUCUGUCCGACUACGAGAAGAAUUGGAGACACUCAUACACCGGACUGUACUGGAUCUUUGACGUGGACAGCCAAACCGCGGAACCGCUGGACCCUGAUGUCCCUGAGGGACGGGUGCAGCUUGCCAGCUGGUCGCCCAAUUCUGACGCUGUUGUCUUUGUGAGGGAUAAUAAUAUGUUCCUGCGAAAGCUAUCCUCAGACAAAGUUGUUCCCAUCACGAAGGACGGAGGAAAGGACUUGUUCUACGGCGUCCCGGACUGGGUGUAUGAGGAGGAAGUGCUCUCCGGGAAUAGUGCGACCUGGUGGUCGAACGACGCGAAGUACGUCGCAUUUCUCAGAACCAACGAGUCGACCGUCCCUGAGUAUCCGGUCCAGUAUUUCUUGUCGAGGCCAUCCGGCAAGAAACCUCUCCCAGGGCUCGAAGACUAUCCCGACGUCCGGCAGAUCAAAUAUCCCAAGGCCGGUGCACCGAACCCGGUGGUCAAUCUGCAAUUCUACAAUGUCGAAAAGAACGAGGUGUUCUCGGUUGAAGUCCCAGACGACUUUGCGGACGACGAUCGCAUCAUCAUUGAAGUCUUGUGGGCUGCGGAAAGCAACGUCCUUGUUCGCGCGACAAACCGCGAAAGCGACGUGUUGAAGAUCUUCUUGAUAGACACGGAGUCCAGGACAGGGAAGAUGGUUCGAUUGGAGGACAUUGUUGGUCUUGACGGCGGCUGGGUCGAACCAUCGCAAUCCACGCGCUUUAUCCCUGCUGAUCCAGCUGCGGGACGCCCUAACGAUGGUUAUAUUGACACGGUCAUCCAUGAUGGCUACGACCACCUCGCGUAUUUCACGCCACUCGACAACCCGGAACCUAUUAUGCUCACAACGGGUGAGUGGGAAGUCGUGGAAGCCCCGACCGCGGUUGACUUGCGGAGAGGCCUUGUCUAUUUUGUGGCUACCAAGGAGGCACCCACGCAGCGCCAUGUGUAUCAGGUGCAGCUGGAUGGGUCGAAUCUCAAGCCCUUGACAGACACUUCCAAACCUGGUUAUUACCAUGUAUCCUUCUCUGAUGGAACUGCGUACGCCCUACUCAGUUACCAAGGGCCUUCGAUUCCAUGGCAGGCGAUUAUCAACACCGAGGGUGACGAUGUCGUCUUCGAGGAGACCAUCGAGGAGAACCCCGAACUUGCCCGGAUGGUGGAGACAUACGCAAUCCCCAGCAAAGUCUUUUCGAAUAUUACCAUUGACGGGUUUACGCUGCAGAUGGUGGAGCGUCGGCCUCCGCACUUCAAUCCGCACAAGAAAUACCCCGUCCUGUUCUUCCUCUACGGUGGCCCCGGCUCGCAGACCGUGGACCGCAAGUUCACCAUCGACUUCCAGUCGUACGUCGCGUCCAAUCUGGGCUACAUUGUGGUCACUCUGGACGGCAGGGGCACGGGAUUCAUCGGACGCGAGGCCCGAUGCAUCAUUCGAGGCAACCUGGGAUACUACGAAGCGCACGAUCAGAUCACCGCGGCAAAGAUGUUUGCUGAAAAAUCCUACGUUGACGAAUCUCGCAUGGCGAUCUGGGGCUGGAGCUACGGCGGAUUCAUGACCCUGAAAACCCUGGAACAGGAUGCCGGACAGACCUUCCAGUACGGAAUGGCCGUCGCCCCUGUCACCGAUUGGCGGUUUUACGACUCAAUCUAUACCGAGCGGUACAUGCACACGCCGCAACAUAAUCCAUCCGGCUAUGACAACUCAUCUAUCACCGAUAUGGCCGCCCUGGAAGAGAACGUCCGCUUCCUCGUCAUGCACGGAGCCUCCGACGACAACGUCCAUCUGCAGAACACACUCACGCUGAUCGACAAGCUGGACUUGUCGAACGUGCAGAAUUACGACGUGCAUUUCUACCCCGACUCAGACCAUAGCAUUUUCUUCCAUAAUGCGCAUUACAUGGUUUAUGAGCGUCUUUCGAACUGGCUGGUCAACGCUUUCAACGGCGAAUGGCACCGGAUUGCCGCCCCGGUUCCGGACAACUCCAUGUGGCAGCGGUUUAAACGCGCGCUUCCUGUGUUUGUGCAUUGA